AUGGCGUCUAAGUCUUAUGUAUCGACUAUGGGCUCCACUCAAUAUUUAUACGCAACAGCAUCCCUGGACUAUACGAGACGAGACAUACGACUAGUAGAGCUUCAGCGCAAUGAAGAAUUGGACAACAUUGAAUGUGUGUUACGGUCAUAUCCUGUCGAUGGACCUCAUCCACCUUACAUCGCACUCUCAUACGCAUGGGGCGAUGACAUACGCUAUACAGUUAUCAAGCUCAACGGAUGCUCCUUGUCCAUCGGCAAGAACCUAUGGCACUUUCUCAGCCAGAUGCGGUCAAGCAACAAAUUCUACACAUACUGGAUCGACGCAAUUUAUGAAGAUGAGAUGACCUACAGCAAUACAGCCAUGAUGUAUCUGGCGGAACGAAAUGUCUUCGAAGCUGCUACAAUGAUGACCAAAAGGUUCUGGACCCCUCGGCAAGCCGAAGCCAUGGUUUCACUGUGCGAGCGGCCGUACUGGACCCGGGUUUGGAUUGUACAAGAGCUAUUACUUGCCAAGGAAGUAAAGAUACUUUGCGGGUCGAAAGCAAUAUCGUGGUACCAAUUCCGAAAGUUUUUCGAUGACAUCGCUAUCCUAAUCCACGGUGGCUGGGGUCAGCAUGUAGGUGUAUAUCCUACGUUCCACUCGGCCGCCAGCAAUAUCGUCAUGCUGAAGACCAGUUGGAGCAAACAACCAUCGCAGCCCCUUCUUACCUUAGUAGGGCUCUGUCGAGACCAAAAAUCGAGUGACAUCCGAGAUAAAGUAUAUGCGCUGGCUGGACUUGCGGACGAUCCAGACGAAUUAGAGGUUGAUUACGGCAUAACUGUCAAGCAACUUUUGGUUGUUGUCUUGAAGCACGCAUGUACUGCCAUGAAAUCAAGUGUGAACAUCAGAAAGUCGAGGUCACGGCUUCUGCGAACUGGUCAGAUGCUACGUGAAGCCUUGCGAGUUCAUUGUGAUGAUCAGCAGCUGGAGGGUAUUAUCAUUUCUGAAGAAGAGCAUUUA